AGCAGGGGUGGCGGCGGGAGCGGCAGAAGUCUUGCCCUUGCCCUUUCCGUUAGGCUGGGCGGCGGCGGCCGAGGUGGCUGCGGCAGCGGCAGAUGUGACGCUCUCCUUCAUCUUGCUGGCAACGCUUUUGGAGACCUGGCUGGCCUCUGUAACGGGGCAGACGACGGUGGUGGAGAUGACAGAGUCGGUCACGAUGACGGUCGAGACAGCUCCAGGCGGCAGAGCCGAGAUGGCAGCAGUCUGGUUGGCAUUGGCGGGGCAGUUGGUGACAGUGGGCGCGCACGAGAUGAUGGUGCGGACGGCGGUCUCCUUGACAGUGAGGGUGGUCAACUGGACACCGGCAUUGCCAGAAGCAGCAGCGGAGCUCGCGGCGGCGGAGCUGGCGGGGUCCUUGGUGGGAGAUGCGCCCUUGCGACCCUCACCGGCGGCAAUGCUGGUGGGAGCAGUAGCGUUCUGGCGCUUGAAGUUGCGGAAGUCGAGGUGCGGGUGCCUCGGCUGAUGGUGGGAGUAUGCAGCGGCGACGGCCGCGAAUACUCCCAUGACAGUAACUGACUUCAUCUUGGCGGAUGGUCUGUUGCUUCGUUGGUGGUAAUGACGGUAAUGGAAGAAGGAACACCGAGAUAGGUCGAUGUUAUAUGAGGAUUCCCUGUAUCCGGUUUGCUCUUGCAGAUCUAUCGUCCAAAGGAAUGAAUUCGCACGUCGAGUUCAAAGCAAUGGGAUGAGAUGAAAGAAAAGAAAGUAGUGAAAAUCGAUUCCACACGGAAGAAAAAAAGUAGACAAAAGGGGUUGGCUGGCAGACACAGUUGCUCGGCUUAUCGAAUGUAGAUAGGUACAGAAGUAAACUAAGCUGCGGGAGGCGACUGGGGCGAAUUGCAUGAAUAUGUUCACAAGUUUGAAGAAAAUGAACGGUGUUUGAGAUAUAAUCUCGAAAGAAUGUAAAUAGGCCUGAAAAUGACGCCGUUUGAAGGAGAGAUACCACAAGAGAAGACGAGGGUGAGGAGGGAAGAGCAAGCUAGAGAAGCCAUUGACAGCCGAGGGGAACCUCGCGGCCCUUUUGAUGUUUGCCAAAUCGCUCAAGAGCCACACCCUCUCAAGCCUUGCAUAGUCGAGCCCCGUGGACUGGUGGAUAUGAUUAGCAUGCUCCGGACCAAGGAACGGGCCCUUGUUCGACAAGGCCCCGUCUCAUCAAUCCGCUGCUGUAAUCCUGGGACGUCAAUUUAUUGUUCCAGGCACAAUCCUCGGUCGCUUACCCUAGUUGCUCCUGCUAGAUAUUAUUACUUGGCAACAUGA